CCUUCCAUCUCCUGUCGGAUUGAAGCUUCCUUUGUGUUUGUUCCGUAGAAGCCUGCAACAAGAAAAAGAUGAAAGCUGUUGUAUGAAUCCCUUUCGAUGCUUAAAUACCAAAUACAAGAAAUUCAAGUACUUCUAAGUCUUAACACUGUGGAAAAAAAAUAACGUGAGUUCUUUUAAUUUCUAAAUCGACUGAAACCAAUAGAUGCUGUAGUUUCGAUUGUAAGAUACAGAGAGAAGUGAUUCUGAAGUAGUAAUUCUUCAGGUGUUGAUUUGGUGGGUGGUUUGGUAUCGAUGGGGAGAGUCUUCAAGAGUUGCCUCCAGUGUCUCCUCAAAAUCGUGAAUUCGGUUAUUGGGAUUGUUGGAAUAGCGAUGAUUCUCUACUCUUUCUGGAUGCUUAGGAUUUGGCAGAAACAAAGGGAUGGGUUUGCUCUCUGGGACUUGAAUUCUCCUCCAUGGUUGACCUAUGGGUUUUUUGGCAUCGGAAUCAUAUUGUGUGCGAUUGCAUGCACUGGUCAUAUCGCCGCAGACACCGGAAAUGGCUACUGCCUUUCUUGUUAUAUGGUAUUAGUCUUCUUGCUUCUCCUACUGGAAGCUGCAGUAGCCGUAGAUGUUUCUCUAAAUAAUCACUGGGAGGAGGACUUUCCAGAAGAUCCUACAGGGAAGUUCGACAAGUUCAAGGAUUUCAUAAAAUCAAACUUUGAUAUUUGCAAAUUGAUAGGUUUGUUUGUUGUGUGCGCACAGGGAUUAUCAAUCUUAUUGUCCAUGGCUCUCAAAGGCAUGGGACCAGAUCAGAAAAGCUAUUAUGAUAGUGAUGAUGAUUAUGCUGCAGCCAGGCUUCCGCUUCUGAAGAAUUCUGUUCAGCCACCUCCAUAUGUUAUUGGCGACCCUCAGUAUGCUCCCAAUCCCAAGAGUGAUGCUUGGAAUUCAAAAGUUCAGGAGAAGAUAAGUAAAUGACUGAAAUUGCACGGAAGGAGCCAUUUGACUGUGAAAGCAUUGUUGAGAUGUGAAAACAGGUUGUUUUAUAGUGAAGGAGGCUUCUCGUCCCAGGUUAGUAUAUGAAAUUGAAGAUGAAGGUCUGUUUCAUGAGGAUAUUGAGGUUCUGUACACCCUUUGAACAACAUGUAUAACUGCUAUUCUACUGUAUUAAACAAAUCAUAGAGCUUCAAAGGUGUAUAUGUGACAAUUCCUGUUUCUGUAUGUGACAAUGAUAGUAGUAAUAGUAAUCCUUUAGACUGUA